AUGCUGAAAUCUUCCACAAAAUAUUUCACGAAAAUCAAACAGUCAAGAAUGCCAGUUGAUUUAAUUCUUAUUCGAAAUGGCACAAGUGAAGGAAAUGUCGCAAUAAAACGUGCUAGACUCGGAUCUCGUUCAGAAUUUAGCCAAAAUUUUUGUCAAAUGCAUAAUUCACGCUGGAGACUCACCGAAUUUGGUAUCAUGCAAGCUAAAUCAACUGGCGAAUGGCUAAAAGCAAAUUUCAAACAACCAUUUACGUGUUAUUUAACGGGAGAAUAUGCUAGCUCUCUUGAGACAGCGGCAUGUCUCGAAUUAGAAGGUGCUAAAUGGAUACCUUCGCUAUAUUUACGACCAAGAGAUUAUGGUACAUUAUCUCAAUUUGAUUUUUUACCAGACAAAAAGGAAUUACAGCGUCAUAUGAAAGACAGAGAGUUAGAUACAUUCUAUUGGGCUCCUCCAAAUGGAGAAUCAAUUGCUCAUUUAACUCUUAGAACAGAAAGAGUUAUGCACUGGCUCAGAACUCACGUUCCAGAGAAUGGAACUGCAGUAAUCGUUACACACAGAGAUGUUAUGGAAACAUUUCGAAUUAGACUUGAACAACUCCUUCAAUUUGAUUAUAAUCGAGUAAUUGUUAACGCAAAGGAACCAUUUAAACUAAACCACUGCUCAUUACUACACUACACACGCCGGAAUCCAGAGACAGGGGAAAUAGGCCCUUUGUACCAAUGGAUGAAGGUAAAUACGCCAUGGAUGGGCAAACAAUACUCGAAUAGGAAGUUUGUUAAGAUAUCACCUCCAGGAUUUACCAACGAAAAUCUCCUUGAAAGGAUGACAAGAUCAAAUGAUAAAAAAUAA